AUGGUAAACUAUUAUCGAUAUGACCCAUCUCUACCUGCAAACAUUAUUUUUAUUAUUGUCUUUGCCAUUUCGUCGGUCAUCCAUCUCCUCCAGAUCUUGAAGACAAGGACAUGGUUCUUCAUACCAUUUCUAAUUGGCUCGCUCUUUGAAACCAUCGGCUUCAUUGGCCGUGCCAUUAACGCUGACGAGGCACCGGAUUACACUUUUGGCCCAUACGUCAUGCAGAGCCUGCUCCUCCUUCUAGGUCCGACUUGCUACGCUGCCUCGAUUUAUAUGAUCCUGGGCCGCUUGAUGCAGCUGCUGAACGGACAGAAGUAUUCCCUGAUCAGACCUAAUUGGUUAACCAAGAUCUUUCUUCUUGGAGAUGCAAUGUCCAUUGCGCUACAAGGAAUCGGUGGCGGGAAGCUUGUCAAUGCCGAUACUGAAGGAGAGAGAACAACAGGACAGAACAUCAUCAUCGCAGGCUUGACGGUGCAGAUUUUAUUCUUCGGUCUGUUCAUCAUUGUGACCGGCCUAUUCCACUGCCGAUUUCUCAAAGACUCCUCAGCUCAAACGUCUGGCUUUCGAACUAACUGGCAAAAGUCAUUGGUGAUGAUCUAUGUGGCGAGCAUCCUGAUCCUGAUCCGCUCUCUCUUCCGCAUGAUCGAGUAUAUUGAGGGGCACGAUGGGGAGCUGCAAUCUAAGGAAGUCUACGUUCUCCUGUUAGAUGGUUUCCCGAUGGCCAUCGCAAGCGUCAUGUUCAAUGUGCUCCACCCCUCGAAUUUCUUAAAUAUACGAAUCAAGAGCCUCGCUGAUUCUGAAACCGAGACUCCUCUGGGCGUAUGGCAAGAUCGAUCUGUGGAAAGUGUUAUGGAGAGAGGGCCAGGGGCGUCAAACAACAGAUAG